AUUGCUAUACACACUGUACGAAGCAAGCACCAAUGCGAGAACCAAUAGAUGUGCGAUCGAUUCACGGUUGUGUUAAAUAGUGAUUCUUCAAUUCUUGAUCCAUACCUUCAGCGCUGGAAAUGAUGCACUCAAGUCUAGUCAUAGGCGCUCUUACUGUUCUGAUAAAUUUGGAUCGUGUUAGGAGCAAAGUUCCCCUUUACGUGGGAGGAAUCCUCGGAUCUAGCGAUGAUUCUUGGUCUAAAUAUGCCAACUUUUAUAACAUACUUUUUAAAGUUGCAUUUGAAGAAAUAAAUAAGACAGAUAUUCUACCGAAUCAUGAACUUGUAUUUGUGUCAAAGAACUCCAAGGCGGAUCCAGGUUUAGCUGCACAAUGUUUAUUUGAGCACAUUAAUGAGCAGCCAGUGAAGAUUGCCAUUUUCGGUCCCCCAAAAUCUGAUCCAUACCAAAUCGUGGGACAAAUCACACCAAAGUUUAAUCUAACACAGAUGUCAUUUCUGGCAAAGACUUCAAACAUGAUAGAUAGAAAUUUGUAUUCUUCGACGUUCAUGACGAAUUAUAUAGAGGACGACCUAAAUCCAGCUCGCCUUGCCAUGAUCAAGUACUUCAAAUGGAACAAAGUUGCAACGUUAUUUUACAAUGAAGAGAUAUUUGUUUCGCAAAUGCAUGAGUUUCAUAAACUCCUGAACGAUGAAAACAUUACGUUGGUGACGUCGGGUCUCAUUGCAGACAUGGAAACCGUUGAUGUGGUCAUAAAGAGACUGAAACAAUAUGGGGCUCGAAUUAUAAUUGGGGCCUUCAGAUCAACAAAAGCACCUGAGAUUUUCUGCGAGAUUUACAAACAAAAAAUGUAUGGUAAGAAGUAUGUGUGGAUAUUGACCGACUCCCUUUACUCAGGGUGGCUGGACAGAUUAGAACCGGGAGAUGCACCAGGUUGUUCUCUCCAGAACAUUAAAGAUGCUGCUUACGGCCAUUUUACUCUUGGACAAAAGCAACUCCGAACAGAUCAUGUUGUAACGAUAUCUGGUCAAACUGCGGAGGAAUACAAUACGUGGAUGAAGAAUAUCUCUUCUCAGUACGACCCUAGCACCCAUCUCCUGUCUAAAUACAGCCCCUGGGCAUACGAUGCCGCGUGGGCACUGGCUGUGGGGCUUAACAAUAGUAUGAAGUAUAUUGGGAUCAAUAAACUAGAGGACUUUUCUUACGAUCGCUCAGAUAUUUAUGAUGCUAUUCAACGAGGGAUGAGUGAAGUGUUCUUCCAAGGUGUAUCGGGCGCAGUUUCAUUCAACAAUGGCAGACGAGUUGGUCCAGCAUUUAUCCAUAUAAAUCACGAGGAUAGAAAUGACGUAGCUGUGUAUGAACCGUCGAACAGCUCAAUUGAAUGGUGGAGAACUCCACAUUCUUUAUUUCAAGGGGGUGUUAUUCCAAGGGACAGUUUCCAGUACAUCAAAAGACGAUUCCAGCAAUCGUACAUAGGGCUCUCUAUAGUAGGACUACUGAUAGUGACAGGUGUAGCAGUAGCUCUGGGAUUCUUAUUUUUCAAUGUCCACUACAGGAAAAACAAAAAUAUCAAGAUGUCUAGUCCACGGAUAAACAACACUAUAAUUGGAGGUGGAUUGUUGAUUUACAUGGCAGUGAUAAUUAUGUCUGUAGAUUACUCCGUGUCCCUACCAUGUCUGAACCAACACAUCUGCAUGCUUAACGUUUGGAUUAUCUCCAUCGGUUUUACAGUUGGCUUUGGAGCUCUGUUUUCAAAAACCUUUAGAGUUCAUAUUUUGUUCACACAGGGUAUGAUAAAGAAGCAGACGAUCAAGGACGCUCACUUAUUUGGUCUGCUGGGAGUUUUGGUUCUGCUCGACAUUCUUUUUCUCACACUUUGGACCAUACUCCAUCCAUUACGAUUACUGGAGAAGAAUGUCGAAGUAGAGCUGAAAGAUUCAGAUACCAUACUGGUCGAAACUUUCCAUGUCUGCUACAACGAGUUCCAGUCAUACUGGUUAUCAGCCCAAUACAUUAGUAAGGGUGCAUUACUAGCCCUGGGUACCUUUCUAGCCUGGGAGACACGACACAUUAAAGUCCCAUCUCUAAAUGAUUCCAAGUACAUCGGCUUUUGUGUGUAUAACAUUGUGGUAGUGUGUGCCCUGUGUGUGCCCGUGACUUUCGUUCUGCCACCAGAGAAACCAACGGCAAAAUAUGUCUUCACGUCAAUUGUAUGUGUGUUCACAACAACAUUGGUGCUUUGUAUUCUUUUUAUUCCAAAGAUUAAGCUGAGGAAGUCGACAGACACAAUCAGGUUCAAUCAAAACUUGACAAAGCAAAACAAUCUGUAUAAGAAGCCGUGCAAGAUUGGCAACGAACCCACUAAGACCACCCAUGUGUCAGCGGUGGAGGACUUCGGAUCGGAAUUCAACGACAAAAUACUAGAGAAAAACGCUAUUAACGAACAGAUGUCCAAAACAGGAUCAGAUAUUAAGCUUAUUUCAGUGGAAUCUGAGAGAAUUUCGACCCAAUCAAUUUCCGAAAAUGCGGACUUCCGGAAGCAGAAAGAAUAUCAACGAGACUUUAAUUGUACAUCUCUCUGAAAGGGAGUUUUGAAUUAAAAUCAAGAUUUUAUUUUCUGUCA